CGCUGGAGACAAGCGAGGGAACAGAAUCAUCAACAGACUCCUCAGCUGCCCCACUGAAUGCAUUCCCCCAGAUCGCUGGUUCUGGAGUGAUAAGAUUGAAGGAGGGCAUUCAUCAGCCUGUUGCGAAUCCGAGUUUGGCCCUGAUAAUAGCCCUCCGUCUAUACUUGAUUACAUUACCAAGGGUAAAGGAAAAGUGUCGGAGGUGGGUGUUGUUGAUAGGACACAAGUGAGUGCUUCCGGUGGUUCGCUCUCUCCUAAUAGGAACCCAAACUUUGCAGAUCCAUUACCCUAUGAUGACUCCGCUGAUGAAGGAAAUCAACAUUUGUUUGUCGGGCAAGUCUUCAUGGAUCGAACUGCUUUCAGGACACACAUGUCGCUGUAUGCUUUGGCAAAAAAGUUCCACUUUGUCUGUCGUCGAUCAGAACCUGGGAAAAUGGUGCUAGCGUGUAAGGGCACCAACUGCAAGUGGAGAGUGUACGCAAGUAAGCUGGCCGGGUGUCCAACGUUCCAGAUUAAGCGUGUUGAUGAGGAGCAUAACUGUACUGUAGACGAGCGAGGUGACUUCAAGAGGCAUGCGACAUCUAAUCUGAUUGGUGAGAUGGUCCGGAACAAGUAUGCUGGUGUUGGCGCUGGUCCUAAGCCAGGAACCCUUAGGGAGUUCAUGCGCACUGAUCACCAUGUUCCCGUAACAUACUGGAAGGCUUGGAAAUCUAGGGAAGUUGCAAUUGAGAAAGGUUUGGGUAACACUAAGGACGCCUACAAGAUGCUUCCUUCUUAUCUGGAGCAGUUGGCUCUCGCUAACCCUGGUUCUGUGGUGGCUAUAGAAACAACACGUGAUGCUGGAGACGUCCAACGUUUCAAAUAUGUCUUCAUCUCGCUUGCUGCUUCUGUUAAGGGUUAUAUGUACAUGAGAAAGGUGAUUGUGGUAGACGGCACCCACCUUAAAGGGAAGUAUGAUGGCUGCUUACUCACUGCUAGUGCGCAAGACGGAAAUUAUCAAAUUUUCCCUAUUGCCUUUGCUGUGGUUGAUGGAGAAAACGACAGCUCCUAGACUUGGUUCUUCCAAAAGCUUUUGGAUGUCGUGGAGGAUGGGUAUCAUCUGGUCUUCGUCUCCGACAGGCACAAGUCCAGCUACGCUGCUCUUCUGAAGAUGUACCCUCGAGCCAAGAAUUGUGCUUGUCUUCUCCAUCUGCAGCGCAACAUCGUCACUAUGUUCAAGAAGAAACACCUAGCUUACAUGGUCUACCGUGUCUCUGAUUUCUACAGACACUUCAAUGAGAUAAAGAUGGUCGACAUUAAUUGUGCUGAUUAUCUAGUCAGGGCUGGUUUCGAACAUUGGACUCGGUCCCACUGUCAUGGCUUGCGUUACAAUAUAAUGACCAGUAACGUAGCCGAGUCACUCAAUGCCGCUUUGGCGGAAGCAAGGGGAUAUCCAAUAGUUGCGCUUCUUGAUUACAUUAGGUCUAUGCUGAUGAGGUGGUUCUCAGGAAGACGUGAGGCAUCAGCUGGGUGCGGCGGUGUUGUGACGCCAAAGGUAGAAGAACUGAUAUCCAAGAAUUUCAGUGUUUCGACAGGGUUGCUUGUCCAUCACAUCAAUGGGGGUGAGUUUGAAGUUCGUGGCAUGGACGGACACCCUUUCAUGGUUGACCUUGAUAAGAAGGUUUGUAGCUGCCUAGAGUUUGAUAUGCUCUUGAUCCCAUGUGAGCAUGCUGUCGCUGCUGCGAUGCACUCAAAGCGCAGGAUAGAUGCUCUCGUCAGUGAGAAGUUCACGCGCAACACUUGGGCAGCUGCUUACUCCAUGAGCAUCAACCCCACCGGAGAUUAUAUGACUCCAGCUGCUGAGGCCGACACUCUUGGUGCGCUGAUACUUGCACCGCCAAAUACAAGACGUCCACCAGGGAGGCCUAAGAAGACAAGGAUCUUCUCGCGUGGUGAAUUCAAAAGUGGUCUCCGUGGGCGUCGCCCAAGAACUUGUAGGAGGUGCGGAGGAACGGAUCACAACCGUGCCACCUGUAAAAGGCCAAUAUGAGAAGGUGUAUGGUUAGGUUAUUAGGGGGCCAAUGGAAUGAAGUCUUUUGGUAAAGGUCUGAUGUGGGGCGACCGAUUUUCUUUGUUUAAUAACCCUGUUCUUUUGAUAGACGCUGCGUCUAGCGUCGACGUCUCCAAUUAACCAUGUAAUUUUGUUGCUUUAAAAGCAUGAUGGCAAAGAACCACUGAAUCCGGUGUUAAUUAAACGAGACGCGGCGUCAGAUUUCCGAUGAUAUUUGACCGCUUGAAAUUCUAGCGUCAAUUAAACGAGACCGCGGUGACUCCUUUUGCUGUUACGGCGACAUUUUUUUCUCGUCAUCUCUGUCCGCGUUUCUUUCACAAAGUAGUUGAUGCGAAUAUUUGGUGACGCUGACGCUAGAUACUGCAUUUGUCAAAAGAACAUGACUAAUAUCUAGUGUUCCCCAUGAGACUCCCAAAUCGGCAGUACUGUGUAAUAUGUAGUUUGGGAUCUCGAAUAAUGUAUGGCCCCUUUGUGAAAUCAAAAAACUAUGUUAUAUAUAUGCUGCCUAAUUAGAGUUUCA